AUGAACGGGCAUGCCACCUCCACCUGGGGCCUCGCCCACGACGAGGAAAAGGCGAGCUUUCUAAACGACAAACCCCCACCCGACAUCGAGCGCGAUGCCAGACACGCAGACGUGACCUCCUGCUUCCCAACCAUCACAUACCCCCCUCGACAGUGGACGACAGUAACCCUCCCCUCCCGGGCCGCCCACCGGGCACUUACCCACCUGCCCCCCCUCCUCCGCCGUACCCUCUUCUUCCUCCUCCCGAGCUUCAUCCAACCAUUUCUCUCCCGCCAGCGCUACCACCACCACAAGAACAACCCCCCUUUACCCCCGCGUCCGACAACUCCCCAGCCGGGCCCAACAGCCUACCUCGACGGCAUGCGCGGCCUGGCCGCCCUCAUCGUCUUCUUCUGCCACUUCCUGUACACCAGCUUCGCCAUCGCGCCCGGGUACGGCGCCGGGAGCGUUACUACUGCUGCUACCACCACACCCACCGGUAACCACAACGACUCCAACAACCCCAAACCCGCCAACCACCAUUACCACCUCCCCCUUCUCCCCUUCAUCCGCCUCCUCUUCUCCGGCCCGCCCAUGGUCUGCGUCUUCUUCAUCAUAUCCGGCUACGCCCUCAGCCUACGCCCCCUCACACACGCAGCCACCACCACCACCACCACAACCACCACCCCCACCACCACCCAAACCGCCCACACCGCCCUCACCUCCCUCAUCUUCCGCCGCGCCCCGCGGCUCUUCCUCCCCGCCUUCGCCUCCACCCUCCUCAUCACCCUGCUCGUCGCCUCGGGCGUGUACGAGCGCACGCGGGCCGUGGCCGCCGACCCGGCGCUGCUGCGCAACGUGCGCGAGCCGCAUGUGGGGUUUGACGUUACUGAUAACGACGGUGGUGGUGGUGGUGGUGGGGGAGGGUCGGUGUUCGCGCUGGCGGUGUGGGCGUGGGCGGGGGAGAUGGCCCGGUUUGUGCACGUGUGGGACUGGCGGGAGUUUGGGGGGAGUACCGUGCUGGAUGUGCAUCUGUGGACGGUGCCGGUGGAGUUUCGGUGUUCGAUGGUGCUGUUUUUGACCUUGGCGGGGACGUUGGGGCUGAGGAGGGGGUGGCGGUUGGGGGUGGUGGCGGGGUUGGUGGUGUUUGUGUAUUGCAGUAAGAGGUGGGAGAUGGUGUUGUUUUAUGCGGGGCUGGUGUUGGCCGAGUUGGAUGCUGCGAGGGGGGCGCAUGGGCAUGCACCGGCUCUGCCUGUGUCUGUGCCUGUGCCGGGGUUGAUGUCGGGGCCGAGCAGCCGGGCUAGCUCGCCGUCGCCGUCGGGUCUGAAACGGCGCACUGCGAAACGUGUUAUGUGGGCGGCUCUGAGUAUCGUUGGGCUGUUCCUCAUGUCUCAGCCGGAUGAGCGCGGCGCCGAGACUCCCGGGUGGGUGUUACUCACGAGCUUGAUCCCGGAGUGGUGGACGGACGAGCACAGGUACUGGCAGAGCGCUGGCGCCAUCUUGUUCGUGCUGGCCGUGGGGAGGUCGAGGGGGUGGCAGCGCUUCUUUAACCUGUCCGUGCCGCAGUACUUUGGGAAGAUCAGCUAUGCCAUCUACUUGAUGCAUGGGCCCGUGAUACACACGGUGGGGUAUGCCAUCGAAGGAUGGGCUUGGGGGUUGACAGGGACGGAGGGAAGGGCAUACGAAGCGGGCUUUGCGCUGGCGGCUGUGUUUGUGGUGCCGAUUGUGAUUUGGGUGUCGGAUGUGUUCUGGCGGGCUGUCGACGCCCCUAUUGUGAGGUUCGCGAAGUGGCUGGAAGCAACGUGCUCAAAAUCUAAUUAG